AUGAUACCUGUCCCUGAAUUUGUGCUUUUGAAGAGCGGCGAGAAACGCAGUCAUUCAUCAGUGGAUUAUCUAAGUGAAUUGCCGCAAGAAAUUAUUGUCUACAUCCUGUCACUAUUGAAAAUCAAAGAAGCGGGGAGGCCGAGUGUACUGUCCAGUAGGUGGAGAUAUCUGUGGAGAUACACAUGUGGUUUAAACUUUGACGAGUCAAAGUUGAUGAGUCAGAUACGGUGGCGAAAGGUGCGGAUCGAGUGUAUGGAAGCUGAAAGGCGUAGGUUUUUCCGUUUGGUGAAACACGUAAUGGAAAUGCAUCAAAGUCAAACAAUAGAUGAAUUCAAAGUAUGUUUUGAAGUGUACCAGCUGGGGUACUUUAAGUCUGAUAUUGAAACCUGGGUACACUUUUCCCUGAAAAAGAAAGUUAAAAGGCUUACAUUGGACUUUGAAAAUGCUACUAUCAUUGGCAUUACUCUUGGAAAUUACACUCUUACUACUCAGUUCCUCCAUAGGUAUAGCAUUCAUUCGCUUACAUCCCUCUGUCUGACUGCAGUGGAAGUGACAGGACUAGUUCUUGAAUACAUUUUAUCUAAAUGCCCAUUUCUCGAAGUGUUGCACGUGGAAAUCUCAGAAUCUUUGGUGAAUUUAAAGGUUGCUGGCCCUUCGCUGAAGCUAAAGCGGUUGGAAAUAUUACGCUGCGUAUAUCUUGAGAGUCUUGAGAUUUCUGCUAUGAAUCUUGUUUCAUUUAAAUAUAGGGGUCCGGAGAUCACAAAGAUUGUUCUAGAGCAUGUUCCCAAUUUCGUUGACCUGUCUUUAGCAUGUCAUUAUGCUUGCUUUUUUGUUAAUCAUUCCAGCCAGUUUUCAAGUUGUCUUUCUCAGUUGAAGACACUCGAACUAGACCUCGGAGUUGAGAUCAGUAUGAUCAUCAAUACAAUUUUGUGUCUUGUUAAUCCUGUUUUGAAGUUUUUCCGGUUCCCCAGAUUUCCAGAGUUAACAAAUCUCAGGCAAUUGAAGUUGAGAGUAAAUGCACGAGAUGUUGAGACCCUGCUCCAUUGCACUUCCCUGCUAAAGGCAUCACCCUUUUUGGAAAAGUUCUCACUGCAGUUGCUAUUCUCAAAUGGGGCUGCAACGGGAAAAAUGAAGGUGCGGAAGGCUAAACAUCCACAUCAAUGCCUCAAGGUGGUUGAAGUGACAGGUUUUAUUGGUUGCACAGUUGACAUGGAGCUUUCCCUCUAUGUACUCAACAAUGCUGCGUACCUGGAGAAGCUAGUUAUUGAUAGCCGGUAUUCAUUUGAAGAGGAAAUUAAAUGGCUUGAUAGAGGUUGUGCACAGAGAUUACAAGACAUGAUUUUUUGUCCACAACUAGAUGCAAGAAUAAGGGAUACUGGAGAGAAAUCAGCAGCCAUUGCUUGUGCAAGGCAACUAGAAACAAGAUUACCUCCCGGGGUUGAACUGGUGAUAUUAUAA